UGUGGAAUAGGGUCGGCCCUGCUGAAAAGGCUGCCGUGGAGGGGGCGAAGCGAAUAGGCCUACCGCCGAAUGUUUUGCCCUAUUGUUCGGUGAUGUCGCGGAAAACGAUGCUUUUCGUGUAAUAUCCCAGCCGAAGACGAGAGCCUUCAUGAUAAUGUUCUUCGUGUCAAUCGGGAUGGAGUAUCCACUACGUGAGAAACGCCGACUACGGUAAUACCGGGUGAUAAGCGCUGAGAAGAUUCACGGGGAACCCUUUGUCAUGGACAUGCAGGCUCCCAAUGGAAUGGAUAUUUCUCUGAAUACAGUGUAUACAUCCAUCCCUGGAAUACCUGAGCUGGGGAUGGUAUGGAUGGGGGACAUGAUGAUGCAUGGAGAACCAGCACAUGAGCUCAUGCUGGAUCCCCGCCAAGCAGAGAGUCCUUUCUUUUCUCAUGGCUCUCAUUCAUUUGAGGAUCUGCGAAAUCAUCAUAUCGCACCUACAACUAUGGUGCGCUAUCUCCCACCACAAUUUACUGCAGAAUGUUCUGAACCUGAUGAAGCUAUGGAAGCAGUAGAUGCUCAAGAUAUCCAAAAUGAAUAUGAUCCACAGUCCGAGGGACAAGAAAUGAGCGAAUAUUUGACACUAGAAGACUAUAUGGCGGAUGAAGAACGUGAACAAGUCGUAAGCAAUGCAGCGACGCAAACCACUCAGGACAAUCGUAAUCGAAAGAUUAAACCCAUAAAGCAUCCUGGCCUUGUCUUAAAAACGCCCAUCGCUUAUCAGCCGCAUACUGACCUCAACUUUAUCCCUAUUCGCAAGGAUGGUAUCGCUGUUUGCGAGAAAUGCGGUGCGAUUGGCGUAAAACAUGCGUUCUACACGAAGGAGCGACGGUUCUGUAGCAGAGCUUGCGCACGUUCCUCGGAACAUACCGCUCCGACAGCAGAUUCGACUUAUAGUCCAUCUCAUCAAUCGGAGCAGCCAGCAAUAGGCAACCCUACGUCACCAGUCAAUGUAAAGCCAGCUACGACCGAAGAAACACUGAAGGAAGAGGUUGCAGAAUUAAAGGAUGUAGAGAAGGAAAAGGAAAAGGAGAAAAUUAUAGCAGAACCAGUAAUGCCUGAAGAUUUACCUGUAAGAAGAAAGCGUACUGCAGAAAUGGCAGGAUCUUAUGAUUGGACUCCGCAGCUAACAGAACCUGGUUUCUGCGCGGCACCAGUAUCGUGCUUCAAACACGUGCCAAUAUCUGAGAUCUGGGAUAACAUAACUGUGGGUAUGAAAGUGGAAGUCGAAAAUACGGAUUGCGAUGAAGUUUGUGAGGCUUUUCCUGAUUCAUUUUGGGUCGCUACGGUACUUCGCAUUUCUGGGUAUAGGGCAUUAUUGAGGUAUGAGGGUUUUGGACAUAACGCGGAUAAAGAUUUUUGGGUUUCACUAUGUUCCAAUGACAUUCACCCUGUGGGUUGGUGCGCUACCAUUGGGAAACCUCUUAUACCGCCUAACACGAUUGCCAACAAGUACAAAGAUUGGAAAGAUUUUCUAAUGAGACGGUUAACUGGAGCGAGAACACUGCCCACCAAUUUCUAUAAUAAGGUUAAUGACAGUAUGAAAUCUCGUUUUCGGUGUGGCCUCCAUCUGGAGGUAGUGGACAAAAACAGAAUCUCACAGGUGAAGGUGGCGACAAUACAGAAGAUUGUCGGGAAACGUUUGCAUGUGAGAUACUAUGACUCUCCGCCUGAAGAUAAUGGAUUUUGGUGUCAUGAGGAUUCCCCGUUGAUACAUCCUGUUGGAUGGGCAAGAAGAGUUGGUCAAACUUUGGACGCAUAUCCAGAAUAUAUGGACCGUGUCACACAUGCGAAACUCUGCGAGGAUGAUGCUGUCGAUGGACUCUUUUUUGUGAUGAAAAAUCAUCAUUCUCAUCAAGGUUAUACCUUCAGGGAAGGAAUGAAGAUAGAAGCUAUUGAUCCACUCAACUUAUCAGCUAUUUGUGCUGCUACUGUUAUGCAAGUUCUCAAGGAGGAGUAUAUUAUGAUUCGCAUCGACAGCUAUGAUGAGGAUGCCAGUGGAGCUGAUUGGUUCUGUUAUCAUUCCUGUUCGCCCUGUAUCUUUCCCAUUGGAUUUUGCUCUCAACAUGGCUUACCUCUUACACCUCCAAAAGGGUACGAUCCAACGGCAUUCACGUGGGACGCUUAUUUAGCAGAGACAAACACAAUACCAGCUCCGGUACAACUCUUUAAUAGGGAAAUCCCACAGCAUGGAUUCAUUGAAGGGAUGAGACUCGAAGCUGCUGAUUUAAUGGAUCCAAGAUUAGUUUGUGUAGCCACGAUUACCAGGGUGAUCGGCAGGUUACUCAGGGUGCACUUCGAUGGUUGGGAAGACGAAUAUGAUCAAUGGUUAGAUUGCCAAAGUCCUGACAUCUAUCCGGUUGGAUGGUGCGAUCUUGUCGAUCACAAGUUAGAAGGGCCCCGUGUACUCACUAAAAACACUAGUCCUACCGUAAAAUCACCAAGAGGCCUUAAACGUAAAGCUAAGCGGAAACCGAAGAAAGGAGGCAAGAUAUCUUGCGUCAAAAACAUUCUACCUCGACACAGCGAACGUGUUAGUGCAGCUCGCGAUCGAGAACGUGAGCUGGAACCUGCUCAGGGUACCAAGAUAGAAAGAGAACGAGAUCUGGAAAGUCUGCCGGAACAAGGUGGUCGGGAACCGGAACCUGCAGAGGAACCUGCCGGACCUGAUCAAACUCUACCUAGUCCGACAACUGGCCAGGGUCAAGCACAGAGUGAAGCCCAAAGUGAAGUUCAAAGGCCUCCCCUUCCUAAGGAGAGAACCGCUACUUCGUACAUUAAUGCGACUUCUGCCAGUGGAAAGUAUAUCCCGAGGUUAGCCGACGGUCUACAAAAGAGUUCAGACUCCGGCGAGCUAGUACCAGCCGAAUGGAAUGUCUUUGACGUAGCGCAAUUUCUACGUGUGAAUGACUGUGCGACUUACUGUGACAAUUUUAGCAAACGCAAAAUAGAUGGGAAGACCUUGCUGAUUCUGACCAAGGACCAAAUCAUAGACCUAACCGGCUUCAAAGUCGGGCCAUCUUUAAAAAUAUACGAUCUAAUCCAACAACUAAAAAUCAAAGUGAAUCCAGCUCAGGAAAGGUUGAAACUAGGACUGAAAAAAUUAUUAUAACAAAGCUAGAAAAUAGCGUAUAUCCUUCGAUAAGUUCCCACAUCGCGUAGAUUAAACAUGGAUUUACAGGUAAGGCGCGUGAGUGCGGAUGCAAUGGGGGCAAGCACAUUUUGCUAAUUACAUUUUUCUUGUAUGAUUCAUGGGGUCUCACUACUUUUUUCUUUGCAUACAGAAAUGUCUCGACCUUACGUUAAGUACUACAAUAAUUCAUUAAACCGCAGUUAUAUCUAUGUGCAAUUGAUGAGCGAAAUAUUUAUAAUUGCAUUUUAUUGCGAUGUAACUUUUCAAAGUAACUUUUUUUUUUAUCGCAACACGAUUUGUUCGUUCUGAGAAAUGAAAUACGUUUCCUUAUACGUCUGAGAAAUAAGCUAAAAAUAUGGUUUGGAGUAGUCCGUCAAAAAAAGCGAAACUUAGAACGAACGUAUCGUCUCAUAACUCUGCUUGAACGCAGUCUUGUCUGUGAUUAGAAAGUAAUUUUUCAAAAUAACAGUCAAGUAUUAAUUCUUAAAUACAUUAGAAGUUAUCCGAAAACUUUUUUGUCUCUUUCUCUCUUUCUCUCUCUCUCUCUCUCUCUCUCUCUCUCUCUAUUCUUCACAUGAUUUCAAUGAAUUUAACUAGAUUGUGGUUUACAUAUAUUUAUAAUCGCGUAAAAGAAUUUCUUUAACAAUAUAAUACAAUUAACUCUCUAGCGAGAUGGCCAUUAUAUGUAAAUCCAUGCUUUAUAAAACACCGAGCGAUAUGCAGAUACGCCGGCUACACUUUUAAUUCGCGAAAUUUCCAAGAAAACUCGGUAUCCGCAACACGAAAAGUGUUGUCAUGAAAUUGAUACGAUAAGUACUUGCAAGAAAAUAGAAAAAGAGUAAGAGAUAAGAGGAGGUCAAAAGAAUCCCAAGAGAAUAUCUGUAAAUAGUUAAGAAAGUUAAAGUGAUCUUCCAUGAUCCUGUAAAUAUUAAAUGUAAUAUGAUAUUAGAUGCAGCCACUUUCUUGGCAGUUUAGGUAGGCAGUUCUGCGUUCUACGAGAAAGAGAACAAUUAAUCGAAAAACGGCCGGUACGUUUGUAUAUCGUGCGGUGUAUACCAGCGUAGCUUAGUCACCGGUACAGUGAAUCAAACCAGUAAAAAAAAGUUCAAUCACAACUCUGCUUUUGGGUCUUCAAAUAGUAUUUUAAUGGUACAGGCUGAAUGAAGUUACAUCAUUAUUCAUUUUCAAUUCUUUAUUAUUUUGUAAUGUUGAAAGUGACUCUGAUGACAUUGACACUUUAUGUAUUCUAUUUGUUUACGCUGGAAACAAAUUUUUAUUCAAAUGUCAAAUCACUAAAUUUCCUUAUAUAUUGUUCGUGGCAAAAUUAUUUGAAGACUCCAGCAUUGGAGUUUUAUUGGCUCGAAACACCAACAGUAAUGCGCCAUGUCCAAUGCAUCAUUAUAAUUGAUGAAAGUAUUUGUUGAGCUGCUCUGAAAUUCAGAUUACUCAAACGAGGAGACAUUGAGUCGCGUCAUUGCAAUGAUAACAAUUUUUAAAUGUUAACAAUUAAAAAACGCCUAAUUUUUUUCGUUUGUCAGAUAAAGCAAUAAUGUAUGAAAAUGUAAAAAAAAUAACAGAGCGAUGAGAGCUGAAUUUCAGAAUACCGUAAACACUCAUGAUGACUUGGUACAUGGCGAAUUGUCGCAAAAAUAGUGUAAAUGUAAAUCUAGAUUAAUUAGGUUAAUUUAGUUGCAUUUAGGAUUCAUCCUGGAGCGGUUACUAUUUUUCACGAAAAAAAAGAAACAAGAUAGCCGCAUUGUUGCGGCAGG